CAAAACUUCUUACUCAACGCGAAUUACUUCAUAUCCAAUGAGGAUUUAAUUUCAAUGUUGGAGAAACAAGAUUUCAAUGCGACGAUCUUCUAUUCAUUAACAUUAAAUAUCAACGCAAAAAUCUAUUGAUGAAUAGAAAUCGAUUGAUCUUUGUACAUUUUGCUAUUUUCCUACUUUUUAUAGCCUUCAAAGAAGUCACUUCGGAAAUUGACGAAACACGGUCAAAUAUUACACCUACUAUCGUUGAAAAUGAUAUCGACACAUUGAAAAUAAAAUCUGGUAGACUCCGACGCAAAAAUUAUAAUAUGUUUCGCGAUGUCGAUGACGAUGAGGAUGACGAUAUCCAUCCGCAGAUAAAACGAGAAAAAAACGGCAAAGAACCAAAGAUAUGGGACCAAUGGGGUAAUUGGUCCACAUGCAGCGUCACUUGUGGAAUAGGAAAGAUUAUGCGGUGGAGACACUGCAUAGGCGGAAGUUGUUCCUUGGGAGAGAAGAAAGCUCAAUUGAAAACUUGCACUUCCGCAGCAUGUUAGAAUAUCUUACAUGCACAAUGUAGCUUUAAGCACAAGCCACGGUUCAGAUGUCAACGAUUUACGAUACUGCGCGCUACGUCAGUCGAAGUCGUCGAAGACUUGUCGCGCGCGACAUCUUAAAUUUUCUAGAUUUGCGACGAAUUUUCUAAAAUAAUGAGUAUUAUUUUACAACUUUAAUUAAAGCUUAAUUAGAUUGUAAAAAAUUGAU